AUGAGGACGACCCAGCUCGGCCGCGCGUCCCAGCGGGCCUCUGCCCCUGCUUGCGGACGACGCCGCGUGGUCUCUUGCAGCGCCAGGGUGGUGGCUGAGCCUCCUUCGUCGAAGACCGGGCCCAUCAUCUUGGACGGUCAGGUGCUGCACAGCAUCACGCCCGAGCGUCUUGCGCUCGUUUCAACGCUGGGGUCUUUCGUGGAGAAUGAGGUGCAGCCGCUGCUCAAGCCAGUGGAGAAGUGCUGGCAGCCGGCCGACUUUUUACCGCCAUCGGAGGACCCCUACUUUCUCGACCAGGUGCUGGAGCUGCGCAAGCGCACCGAGGGGCUUCCUGACGAGUACAUCGUCACCUUUGUUGGUGACAUGAUCACGGAGGAGGCCCUGCCCACCUACAUGGCAAUGCUCAACACCCUGGACGGCGUGCGCGACGAGACGGGCGCGGCGGCGACACCCUGGGCAAAAUGGACUCGCGAGUGGACAGCCGAGGAGAACCGCCAUGGUGACGUCAUGAACAAGUACAUGUACCUCACUGGCAGGUGCAACAUGAAGUCGAUUGAGCUGACAAUUCAGAACCUCAUUGGCAGCGGCAUGGACCCAAAGACCGAGAACAACCCCUACCUUGGCUUUGUGUACACCAGCUUCCAGGAGCGCGCCACAAAGAUCAGCCACGGAAACACUGCUCGUCAUGCGCUGGAGCACGGGGACGAGUUGCUGGCCAAGAUCUGCGGCAGCAUCGCGUCGGACGAGGGUCGCCACGAGAUUGCCUACCAGCGCAUUGUGGAGAAGCUCUACGAGAAGGACCCGGAUGGCGCUGUCCUGGCGUUUGCUGACAUGAUGCGCAAGCAGAUCGUCAUGCCUGCGCACCUCAUGGACGACGGGGAGCACAGCAUCAAGAACCCGGGACGCAACCUUUUUGCGGACUUUUCGACCGUGGCUGAGCGCUCUGGUGUCUACACUGCCUUUGACUACGCCGACAUUAUGGAGUUCCUCAUCAAGAAGUGGAAGGUGGCUGACCGCAGCCAUGAGAGUGGUGACGCGGCCGAGGCCCAGGAGUACCUGGUGAAGCUGCCCGACCGCAUCCGCAAGCUGUCCGAGCGUGCCGCGGCACGCAAGAGCAAGGCCAAGACCGCCAAAACGCAGUUCAGCUGGAUCUUCAACCGGACACUGGACGUCUGA